AUGAGUUUAAUGGGCUCACGUUUGGCCUUGAGUAGUGAAGACUCGCUGUGGCUGCAUAACGGGAUUUAAGCGAAGGCGGAAGUAGAUGGCAGCACAGCUCUUGUCCCGUUAGCUAGCGCCAGAUCCAUCGCCUGAAAACUCCUUGUUCGAGGAGACGCGAGGCCGCCCUGACAACAGAUCCACCUACCGAUUCACUCUCUGUCUUUACGAGUCGACAACCGUUAAAAAGAAGAAAGCACAGCUCUUUUAGUUUUUUAGCUAGCUAGCUUUCCGUCUCUCACGGUUUUAUUUAACCCCCGCUGUAGAUUCUUUACCAUGGCGGCGAGUGCGAAGAGAAAACAGGAGGAGAAACACCUGAAGAUGCUGAGAGAAAUGACGAGUUUGCCUCCCAACAGAAAGUGCUUUGACUGCGACCAGCGAGGCCCGACCUACGCCAACAUGACUGUGGGUUCCUUCAUCUGUACCUCCUGCUCUGGCAUCCUACGAGGACUGAAUCCACCCCACAGAGUCAAGUCCAUCUCCAUGACAACCUUCACGCAACAGGAAAUCGAGUUCUUACAGAAACAUGGCAAUGAGGUUUGUAAACAGAUCUGGCUCGGUCUUUAUGAUGACAGAACCUCUUCAGUACCAGACUUCAGAGAACCACAGAAAGUCAAGGAGUUCCUACAAGAUAAAUAUGAGAAAAAAAGAUGGUACGUGCCUCCUGAGCAGGCCAAGGUAGUGGCGUCAGUCCAUGCUUCCAUCUCUGGCUCCUCAAACAGCAGCACCAGCAGCACCCCAGAGGUUAGACCACUCAAGUCCCUGCUGGGGGAGUCGGCACCCUCUCUACACCUCAACAAGCACACCCCACCAAAUCAGUCUCCUGUAGUGAGCCGUGGACAAACCCAUCAGCAGCAGCUCCAUGACAAGAAAUAUGACCUCCUCAGUGACUUGGGUGGAGACAUCUUUGCUGCCCCGCCCAGCAUGAAUGCAGGCGCCAGCUCCAGUUUUGCUAACUUUGCACAUUUCAACAGCCACACAAAGCCUUUAAGAUUCAAUGCAAGAACUAAAGUGGUGUUAACACACCUAACAAACAUGCGCACAGUGGCACAGAAUACCAAAGGAGAGGCAGACUUUGCUAAUUUUGAUGCAUUCGGGAACACUUCUGGGUCGACAGGUGGUUUUCCCUCUGCAUCCCAAGCCCCAUUUCAGCCCCCAAAUACAGCGUUCACUGUGCUCUCAUCCAGCCGCAGUAUGGGUGAGUUUGCCACUGCUCUGCCUCUCCAGUGUUCACACAGUAGCACCUCAGGGGGACUAGCAAAUGCCAGUUUUGCAAAUUUUGACAACUUCCCCAAAUCGUGUAGUGCUGACUUUGGAUCCUUCAGUUCCUCCUCCCAGAGUAACUCCACAGGAGCUGGCAGAGACGUUGUACAGAGUACUAACAUUUCUGCCGAUAAAUACGCAGCCCUGGCUGACCUGGAUAACGUAUUUAGCUCUGCCAUAACAGAGCCAGGAGGUGGUAUUCCUGGUGGGGUGAGCUCAGCCUCAGCCGCUGCAGCAGCAGCAGCAGCAGGAGUGGGUGGUUUGCCUCAGAAACAGCCAGCAGGUGGAGACCGCUAUGCUGCUCUAGCUGAGCUUGAUACUGUCUUCAGCACCUCAGCACCUGCCACCAGUGUUUACAACACCACCAGCACCUCACAAGGGAGUGUGUUUGGCUCAGAGACAGGGGUGUCAACAGCACAAAUACAGCAGGCUGUGCCCGGCAUGGCUCAGGGUUUUGGAGCACACCCAACCAAUCCAUUUGUAGCUCCUGGUGUUGUCCCAGCAGCAGCUCCAACCAACCCAUUCCAGUGCAAUGGCAGAGCAGCAACUGUUGCAGCUGCAGCAGCACCAUUUGGCACAGGCUCCAUGAGUAUGCCAGCUGGAUUUGGGAAUACUGCAGCCUACAACCUCCCCACCAGCUUUAGUGGAACAUUCCAGCAACCCUUUCCUGGUCAGGCUCCCUUCCCUCAACCUCCUGCGUAUCCCCAGCAACCCAACGGUGUGUGUCAUUUAGACAAUAAUGGCUAUGGUGGAGGAUUUCCAGCCUUCGGCCAGGCCAAGUCUGUUGCAACUCCUUUUGGGCAAGCAAUGGCAGGACCUAUGGUCUCUAGCAACCCUUUUCUGGGUGCGGGUCCACCUGCGCAGUAUCCAGCUGGAGGCUCUUCCACAAACCCCUUCUUAUAGCGGUCCUUCAUGUCAGCUGCACUACAGGGUCAACAACUGGCGCGCUUGCACCUAUUGCACUGUUUUUGUUUCACAAGUAGCUUUAAAAACACAAUGUUUGUAAGAAUUUGUAUUUUCUAUCGCAGUUUGUCAUAAAUGGAACAAUAUGCGACACAGUCGUGCUGACACUGUCGAAGGCUACAAAACAGUGAUGGUGUGUGUGCAGAGGGGGAGGUCGAUGCCCUCCCCUUUAUUUAACCUGUGAACUAGCCUGGCCUCUACUGAGCCACAAUGUAUAAUCGAACUGGCUGAAAACUAAGUUAUUGCAUACAGUAUAUCCCAUUCAUUAUGCUGCAAUUCUGUACAAUUUUUUUUUUUUUUUUCUUUUAGGAAAUUAGCUCUUUGUGCAUAUCAGUAUUUGUAUCUAA